AUGGCGACUGUAGCCAUAUCUCAUCCAGCUACGCCAGCACCGACACCGGAAGAUGCAAGCUUGAAGAGACAUCACAGACAGAAUGAGAAGGGGUUUGUCAAUCCUUGGGACUCAUUUCAGGAGCGAGGCUUUUGGCGGAUUAUGAAAUGGGUAUGGUUGGGCAAGCUACUGGGAGAACGGCGUGACCCGGACACAACCCCUCCAACUGUUCCAGUCCACAAGCCAGUCUUCUUACCCAGCAGGAAGACAGACCAGCUGCGUGCGACCUGGUUGGGCCACGCUUGUUUCUACCUCGAAUUUCCAGGAGGUCUACGAGUUCUCCUCGAUCCAGUCUUCACGCAACGAUGCUCGCCAUUCACCUUCGCAGGCCCUGCCCGAUAUACCGAAAUGCCCUGCGAGAUCGAAGAUCUUCCCUACAUCGACGCAGUCGUGAUAUCUCACAACCAUUACGAUCAUCUCUCACAUCCGACGCUUGUCAAGGUUGCCGAGAAGCACAAGAGCGCACACUUCUUUGUACCACUAGGAAAUAAACCUUGGUUCGAUGAUCAAGGCUUCAAGAACGUCACAGAGCUGGAUUGGUGGGAAGAGAGGGAGCUCAAGAUCACUCCUGCUGCAGGUAGUGAGUCGAAUGAAGAAAUCUCAGCAGUGAUAUCGUGCUUGCCAUGCCAGCACACAUCGGCAAGGACACCCUUCGACAAGAAUCACACUCUCUGGGCUUCAUGGUCUGUUGCGUCGGGAAGCAAGAAGAUAUGGUUCGGAGGUGACACGGGAUACCGUUCAGUAGACAAGCAACCCGGGAAUGAGUUUGACUACGACGAGAAGUACGAGUAUCCACACUGUCCAGCUUUCAAGCAAAUCGGACAACUGAGGGGCCCCUUCGAUCUUGGACUCAUACCGAUUGGUGCCUACGAUCCACGUUGGCUCAUGUCGCCUGUUCACGCAAACCCGUACGAUUCCGUAAAUAUCUUCGCUGAUACCAAGUGCCAACGUGCCUUGGGCAUACACUGGGGAACUUGGGUGUUGACCGAGGAGGAAGUGCUUGAGCCUCCACGAAUGCUGAAGCAGGCACUUCGGUGGAAAGGCAUUGCAGAGGAUGGCGUCUUUGAAGUCUGCGAUAUUGGCGAGUCGCGAGAAUAUUGA